GCUUCGCACAGGAACUGCACUCAGGCGAGCUGAGGGAGGAGAGCGCGGGAUAUGGAGCUUGUGGAGGGAAGAGCGCUAGGAAGGCAGGAGCCGUGGCGAUAGCACCUGCUGUGGGGAGGGGGAACGGGGCGAAGCAGGCGGCAACUACAAGUCCCGGCAAGCCGCGCCGCGCUCCCGCCCCACCUCUCCCGUCGCAGCCGCCCCGAGGGGAAGAGGAAACGGCGGGAAGGGGCGGCGGGUGGCCGUGGGAUAAUGGAGUCUUGCAGCUCUACCAGCAUUUCUGAGAGCAAAUCUCCGACUUCUGAAAGCGAAGAUGAGAUAGAGUUUGUUGGAGAAGAACCCUUAAGACCUGUACUUGAAUGCAUUGAUCUUGUCAGUAGUGAUGAUGAAGAACCUAACAGUAGUUCUUAUGCUCAUAGAAAUACUAAGCGUAAAGAUUACAUUGACUAUCAGAAAGAAAGAGUUGCAUCAACCCUGGAUCGCCUGGCACGCCACGUUGAAGUAGAGAAACAGCAAAAGGAAGAGAAAAACAAAGCCUUUAAGGAGAAAGUUGAUUCCCAGUAUGCUCAUGGGUUGCAGGAACUAGAAUUUAUUCGGGAACACAGUGACACAGAAGCUGCAAGAUUAUGUGUGGACCAGUGGUUAAAAAUGCCAGGUCUCAAACCGGGCACUGUUAACAGUGGAAGAAGGGGUGUUUGUCAGAGAGCAGGUCAGAAGCAAGUCAACAGAAGUCCCAUUUCUUGUCCUGUGAUGCAUUGCAACAGAAGGUUUGAUAAUGGACAUCUGCUCCUAGGUCACCUGAAAAGGUUUGAUCAUUCUCCUUGUGACCCAACAGUCACGUUACUUGGACCCCCAAAUAAUGCUGUUGCCUGUGUGAUAUGCUGCCAAACAUUUUCAACCUUUCAGCUGUACAGUGAUCAUCUUUUAUCUAAGCUAAAUCAAAAUGACGGACAUGAGGAGGAUCUCCCUCCACAACAUAUUCAAUGUUUUGCAUGCCCAUGCUGCUUCCUCCUCUUCACCAAAAGAGAUGAAUGUUUGAAGCAUAUGUCAGGAAAGAACCACUUUCUCCAGCUUUCUAAAUCGAACGAAAUGAAGGCUGAUGUUCCUCUACCUUUCCCAUCCUAUGCAAAGAAGCUGCUGAUAUCUCUCUGCAAAGAGGUUCCCUUCCAAGUGAAAUGUAUGUCCUGCUUACAGAUACUACGCUCCCAUAUGGAAUUAACAGCUCACUUCAGAACACGUUGUCGUAAUUCUGGCCCUAUGGCAGUGUCCAAGAAGAGGAUCUCCCAGGUUGCAGAGAUAUUCAGAACAAAAGGUCACUGUGAGAACUGUGAUAAGCUGCUUGCUGAUGAGAAUCAGAUCAUGCAGCAUAAGCAAAGCACUAAACAUAACAUUAAAGUUCUUACUACAAUGGAAGAGUCCAUCUUGAUGUUCUGUCAUAUCAAUGAAAAAAAUAAAAAUGCAUCUCAUUUGUGCCAUUCUGUGGAUUGGUCAAGACCAUUGCUUAAGAGACAUUUGAGCCCGAAUGAGUCAGCCAAUGAGAGUGAAUUUACUCCUUCAAAACGGAAGAGUGAUUUAAAAAAGGCCAACGAAGAUCGUGUUGGAAACCAAAGCCAAGGUAGUGCUUGCAAAGUGAAAGCCUGGUUUUGUGAAUGCCUUCAAAAGUUUCUUACGGAAGAGUCAGUAGAAAAACACAUUUUGUCAGCAAAUAGGAUCUGUCACAAAUGUGCUGUAUGUGGAAAGCUUGCUGAAAACUCAAGUAUCAUCCGCCUGCAUAUGAGCCGAUUCCAUGGAGGGGCACACUUGACUAACUUUCUUUACUGGUGCAGAGCAUGCUCUGUAGAUCUCCUCAAAGAAGAGGAUAUUAUGAGACAUGUGACUGAGUUCCAUGGCGGACAUAGUUACUAUUACGAGCAAGAAGCUCUAGAAGAUGAACCCAUGCCAUCAGCUUCUGACACAGUGUACAUUUCCAAAGAUGAAAAGAAAGACUCCAUUCCUAGCCCUAUGGAAAUCUCUCCUGAAAAAAGUCCUCGUCUGGGAAAAUGGCAGUGCCACGUUUGUGAGGAGAUGUUUGAAUCUGAAGACAGCGUUAAGCAGCAUUGUAUGUCCCUAGAAAGCCAUGCGUUUCACAGGUAUUGCUGUGGAUUAUGCAAAAAUCACUUCCGGAAAGUAGGAACGCUGCAGCGCCACUUCCAAGAGCGUCAUAAUGGAGAGGUAAAAAUUAAAUACUUCUGUGGCCUUUGUGGCGAUCUCUUUUUUGACACAGACGAAGAAUUUCUAAUCCAUUAUAAGGAGUCUCAUAGCAUGGACUAUGUAUUUGUGCCUGAGCAGAUGGAAAUAUCAAUAAAAAAAGAAGAUGACUUCCUCCCAGAAGAAAAUGGAGACUAUUUAACCUGUGGUUGCCGGACAACUUACAUCUCCAAAGUAAACAGGAGGAAUGAUUCCAUUAAUUGUCAGAAAGCCAUGCUGCAGGAAGGAAACUUAUGGUUUCGCUGCUGCUUGUGUUCUGCAACUGCACAGAAUUUUGCAGAUUUGAACAGUCAUCUCAACAGCCACACGUCGGUGAAAAGUAAGCGGGAGAUGUAUGUUGUUAGAUGUGCUGCAUGCAACAAAAAUUUUGAUGAUCUUCAGAGUGCACAUCAGCACUAUCACAUGAAACACUGCUUCUUACAGAAAGCUGAUAUAUCAAGUUUUGCAUCAGAACCAGAAAAUGCAGUGUUCAAGUUCACAGCAAGUGGGGCCUGUGUGGACAAAAAACCCCACGAACUAAAAUUUCAUGCAAAUCCAUCCAAGACUCAGGGAAGAUCACAGUCUCCUCCCCUGCAGGGACCGAUCCACGGAAAGAAAGGAAAAACUGAAAAUUCAGCAUGCUCCAAAGAGCCUGACGGUGAACUUCCAGAUCUCGACUACUUGAGUACCAUGACUCACAUUGUGUUGGUGGAUCUGGACAACUGGGGAAGCUUAUUCACACAGCUGCCAGCUAACCUGAACCAAGGAACGUUUAUCUGGGGCUUUCAAGGAGGAUACAGUAACUGGAAACCUCCGGUGCAGUGCAAAGUCUAUAAUUAUCUUAACAAGAUUGGAUGUUUCUUCCUUCAUCCACGGUGUGGUACCAGAAGAGAGGCAGCAGACUUUGCACUCUGUGUUCAUGCUGGUCGGCUAGAUGAGCACCUGCCCAAGCAAAUUCCUUUCACUGUACUUUCUGGAGACAAAAGCUUCCUGGAACUGGAAGCUCAAUUUAAGAUGACUCAGCGGUCAGCUCGCAUUCUAAAUCCCCAUCACAUCGAAGGAGACAUGAUGUGUGCCUUGCUAAACAGCAUUUCAGAUACCACAAAAGGUUCCGAUAGUGAAGAGGAUGACGAUACCAAACUAACAAUAAAAAGGAGUUUGGAAGAAACAAAGAAACAAGAAGAGGAUGAUGCAGAAUUAGAAGAAGCUAUCAAGAGAAGCCUUGAGGAAAUGUAAAUGAAAAUACUUCUGUAUGCUAAUACUGUGUCAUCAAAGCUGCUCACAAAAAUGGAAGCUUGUUCAUCUAUUUACAAAGGCCUAGAAAUACUGCUUCAAAAACAUGUCUGUAUCUUGAAUUGUUAGAUCUAUAAUCUCAUGUUCUCUGUCAUGCUGAUGGGCAGCUGGAGUUUAUGGAUAUCUGCUGCAGUAUAUUCUGUAUGAUAAAAAUAUAUUUUUAAGCCUUUACACGUUCUGUUUCUAAUGGAUGAUGGCGAAGUCUCACUGGUCUAGCUGUAUAAAUUGUUGCCCAGUCAGUGGGCUGAUGUUACGAUGUGUUUGGUUCUUUUUUGUUCUGUUUUAAUUAUUUUAAUAAUUGGUUCUUAUAUUUAAUUUUUCUGUCACAAAAUGUGAUUGUCUUUAUUUACUUUUUCAUGUGGUCUUUGCAACAGAUAAAAAUAGUAAACUUCAAUUGUCUCGGACUGACUUGCUUAGCUAAUCUUGUUAUAAAGAGAAGCUUAGUUCUUGGAUGUAUAAAUUGAACAUACAGUCUCAACUCUUGUAUGCGGAUGGUCUCGUCUUACAGACCACAGUUUUUUCUAUAUGCUGUCUGUUAUAAAUGGCAGAAUCAGGACCACGAACUGCACAGAUAGUUUCUGUUACCUUUAUUUUUAUAAAUGUGUCUAUUUUUUCAGUAGUAGCAUGGAAGUGUUGGCUUGAAGUCUGCCAGGUUUGGUACCUCUCUCUGAUCUAAGGAAGGAACAAAUUAGAAAGUGAACAAAAGCUAAGUAAACUUUCCAGUUCCAGUUUGAAAUAGACAUGAACGAAUUUCAGAUGUAUAAUUCCUAUAUACUGGUCAUCUUUAUUGGUCCUUUCUGUUCAUGAAGACGUGGCCUGGGAUAAAGAAAUUGUGGUCAUUGUUUUUGUACUGUCCUUA